GAAAGCAUUCUUCCCAUUAUUGAUAUUCAUAAAGUCUAGAUUAAUAGAUUAAUACGGAGCCAAAAGCCGCUUUGAUCAUCGUUCAUUCGAAGAUUUCCAAGUCGUCUCUUGGGUGCCACCCAACUUAUCACAUAAUUAGUAGAUCUAACCCAUGUUGAACCUCAUUUACCUCGAGUAACCUAAAAAUCCAUACCUCUUCUCCUUUAUUUCACAUUUUCGCUCCUCUUCCCUUUCUGCGAAUUGUGAUCCCCCGCUGCAUCGAAACUUUAUGAGGUUCUUCUGAUCCAAACGGGUCCUGCCUUGUUGAUUGUCCAUCUUGCUUAUCAUCGCAUUUAAUAAGACAGCAGAGCCAGACUAUAUUGGUGUGUUUCUACCCAGUAUCGAUUGAGAGAAGUCCUGCUCGAGUAGCACUUUCGAAACUAUAAUUGAGUGUCUGGAGUGUUUGGAGUGUGCACAGUAACUGCUUCGACGAUAGCUUCAGAUCCAGCCACAUCUCGUCCCUCUUUCCCUGGCGAGAACCUCUCACCGCGGUGACCGAUUAGCCAGCCUUACAUCUUCCGCACAGGAGGAGAGAAGGAACGAAGAACGUGAACGUACGUGAACGAUCAACGAAGAGCGAAGAACGAUCAAACGGCGUUUGGCUUUCUCGUCGCGAACUUAGUUUCAAUCCUCUCAAAUCGCCGUCUUGCCAUUAGAAAGGAUUACGUUCCUUCGACUUCUUGAAAAUAAAGAAAUCAGCAUCGGCAUUCCGCAUCCACCACAAAGUAUUUCACAACUCACACCGAUUUAAUAUUCAAAAACAUACGAAUACACACCACACCACACCACACUACACUACACUACACUACACGACCAAUCCUAACUAUUAGCAUAAAAUUCAUCCUUGAACUCUGUCGUUAGUCAAUCUGCCAACCACCUUCGUCAUAGCCCACAGACUACGAAUACCCCUUAUUGAUCUACGAUAUCUAUUCCUCUACAUCCCUCCGAGUCAAUUAUCUCACAAGUCAAUAAACAAAAGUCUCCAGUUCUUUGGAGAAACAUCGGCAUACGACUUUCGUUCAGUCUACGCUUCCAACGCCAACGCUAUAUACUCUAAUCUGCUCCGAGCAGGGUUUUUGAUUCAUGAACACGAUGCCUCAAAGACUUCCUCGAAAUCCGUUCGCUAGUUCUAUCACGCCUGCGGCUAUUACACCGCAAUCCGACAAGCCUACAGCUCGUAGGCCGUCGACCUCAAAGGGUAACAGAUUGACCAAUUUCUUCACCUCUUCACCCAAGAGCAAGGAACAGCAAUCUGCUCAGGCGGCCCUUCUUUCUGCUGUUGCCGCACAACAACAGCGACUUCUGGACAACCCAUCGCCCAGUCCAGCAUCUUUAUCUCUUCCCACAAUCUCCCUCUCCACUGCAAAGGCUGGUGAGGUAAACAUGGAUGAACCACCCACGACACUUUUUCAACCACCUUCUGUCGCAGAGGCCAAAUUACAAGCAAGAAGAGAUGCUCAAUUUGGCCCAUUGAACCACCCAAGUCAUAAAUAUGUCAGCCAGCAUCAUGGAGUCCUUGAAGAUCCAGUUGAGGAUGAACCACCAUACUAUUAUCUUCUUACCACAUACAUAAGUUAUUUGGUCUUGAUCAUAUUUGGACAUGUUCGGGAUUUCUUUGGAAAAAGAUUCAAGCCUGAAGCUUACCGACAUCUUACCGCUGCCAAUGGUUACGCCGCCCUCAACAGCGAUUUUGACAAUUUCUAUGUUCGCAGAUUGAAGUUGCGUAUUGAUGAUUGUUUCGCUCGUCCAAUUACUGGAGUUCCUGGUAGAUAUAUUACCCUUAUCGACCGAAAGACUGAUGAUUUCAACAAGAAUUAUCAAUACACCGGCACGUAUACCGAAACUUUGAAUUUGAGUUCUUACAACUAUCUCGGAUUUGCACAGUCAGAAGGACCAUGCGCAGAUGCAGUUGAAGAGACAAUCAAGAAAUACGGAAUUAGCUCUGCAAGUCCUCGAGCGGAUUCCGGUACUUCGGAUUUGGCCUUGGAGGUUGAAGACAGAAUUGCCAAGUUUGUUGGAAAACCAGCUGCAAUGGUGUUCUCAAUGGGUUUCGCUACCAACGCAACUGCUUUCCCAGCUUUGGUUGGAAAGGGCUCACUCAUUAUUUCCGAUGAAUUGAAUCACGCUUCUAUUCGUAUUGGUGCACGUCUUUCAAGAGCUAUGAUCAUGUCCUUCAAGCACAAUGAUAUGAAUGAUUUGGAAAGACUCCUCCGGGAAGUCAUCUCUCAAGGUCAACCUAGAACUCAUCGACCAUGGAAGAAGAUUUUGGUUGUAGUUGAAGGUCUAUACUCUAUGGAAGGUACAAUGGUCAACUUGCCGGGAGUCUUGGCUCUCAAGAAGAAGUACAAGUUCAAUCUUUUCGUCGAUGAGGCUCAUUCUAUUGGUGCUAUGGGUCCACGCGGUCGUGGUGUAUGCGAUUACUUUGGAAUUGAUCCUGCCGAGAUUGAUAUCCUUAUGGGUACUCUGACUAAAUCCUUUGGUGCUAAUGGAGGUUAUAUCUCUGGUGAAAAACACAUCAUCGACAAGUUAAGGCAAACAAAUGCGGCAACCAUGUAUGGUGAAUCACCUACCCCACCAGUCUUGAUGCAAAUUCUCAGCGCUUUGAAAAUUAUCUCUGGAGAAAUCGCUCCUGGUCAAGGUGAAGAGAGAUUACAACGAAUUGCAUUCAACUCGAGAUAUCUCCGAUUGGGAUUGAAGCGUCUCGGUUUCAUCGUUUAUGGUCAUGAUGAUUCUCCAAUUAUCCCAAUUGUUUUGUACAACCCCGCCAAAAUGCCUGCUUUCUCCCACGAAAUGCUCCGAAGAAAGAUUUCCGUCGUCAUUGUCGGUUAUCCUGCGACGCCACUUAUCUCUUCCCGUGCCCGUUUCUGUGUUUCCGCGGCCCACAACAAGGAUGAUAUGGAUCGUAUCUUGGCUGCUUGUGAUGAAGUUGGCGACGUACUUCAGCUUAAGUUCUCCACUGGUGUAGCCGGUGGUGCAGAACAUCUCCCUGAUGGUGUUACACCUGAAAUGGAAAAGGAGUGGCAAAGGGCAAACGGUCUUCAGGGAGUUGUUAAACCCCCACGCUGGUCGUUGAGAGAAGUCAUCGCCAAUGGUGUAGCAGAUGUCAAAGAACCUUUGCGUUGAUUGGGUUUAUCCUACUUUAUGAAUAACUUAUGUACAUUACGUUCUUGUGCGGUGCUUUUUUCUGUUUAUUCAUUUGGCGCGGCAUAUCGUUAAGAUACCCCUUGCCAUUGUGCCUUUUUUUGAUUUUUUUUCUAUUCAUUUAUACAUUUUUCCUCUUCUCUUCUAUGAUUUGGUUUCAUUCAAAUGACCAGUUUUUUAUGAGGAAUAUUUUUGGUGGAUGAUUAAUUUGAUUCCACUGAUUGACGGUAUUGGGGAGUGCAAAUAACAAAAACACUCGUUAAGGCGCAUAGAGAUGGACAAUGAUUUGAUGCAGACACAAAUUCAAAUACAGAUAUAGAUUUGCGUUGGGGAUUGUGUUUUGUGGUUGAAGGGUUGUGGAUGGAUGGGACGAAAGAGAGUCAAGUGGUCGGGAAUGCGAUUACUAUAAUAUUAAUAAUUAGAUGAUUGAUGAAUGGGUAUGGGUGAAAUGGAUUGGGGUGUAUAUGAUUGGGAUGGAAGGAAGGAAGGUAUGGCAUCGUGAUUGAUGAUCAAGUGGAGGAGGGAAAAUAAGAAGCGGGAAGGAAGAAAUGGAGUAGAUAGAUGAAGAGAAUAGGAAGGAAGACAAGCCAAGAAGAGAAUUGAAUUAAUGAUUGAUAAUUGAUGAUACAUCUAAUGUUCAUAUUUUGAAGUUUUAUUUUUAUUUUUCCAUCUAUUAUAUACAAAUGACACUUUUUUUUCUGUCUGUGAAGUCA